UUUCUUUGCCAGUUUUCGGGGCCGAUUUGAAGUUCUUGCCUUUUUUGGCGAGCAUUCCCGUGAGCUGAAUCCCGACGUUUCGGCUUGGAAUGCGUAGCUAUGUACAGCUUUAUUUACUUCGGUACGGUCUACAUAAGGGGUUGAGAGAAUGCCUGGACUGUGAUAGAUUCAUCUUUCCAAAAUCGACUGAAGACUCAUCUCUUCAAAACGCAUCAUGCGCUACAACGGGAGAACCUUUCUCUCUACCCUAACCUUCGCAGCUCUACAACCAUUCUCAUUGGCAGGAUGGAUCCCCUCUCGACAACCAAAAGAUGUACAACAACGUGAUGGAGGAUCAGCACAGGUCACGCUGCCAGAUCUCGGAGAUCUGGCUAAGUAUGUAUGCCCCAAUACUAACAUCUCCGGCAGGCAGACUUCAGGUUUAAGUCCGGUCUCCAGCGCCCAAGUACAUGAGAUCCUGGAGAUGCUAAAAGCCUACGAACGAUCAACACUGGCAAUGGUUAGUGGCAUAGCCGUUGCAGAUGGACUGAACUCAGCAAAGGCUGCCCCUCCAGACCUAGCAGCACCAACCCCCAUCCCCUCAAUCCAACCUGUAGGGAAUGCAGAAUUCGAAGUCAGCAGUCGACCAAAGCCGGAGUGCAGCACCUCGAUCUCAACAGUCAUAAUAUCUGUCACAAGCACAACAACAGCAACGCCAGAUCCCGUAACGACGACACUCACAAUAUCAGCUGACGCCCUUCCCGUCCCAAGUACAACAACCGACCAAGGCGUCCCGGAUCUACUACUAACAACAGCACUGACAGACCAGCAACAAGUGGAAGCAACAACCACCCUCCCCGCCAUCACACCCAUCCCCUCCGCAGCGGUCACCUACAAAUUCAACGCUACCUCUCAAUCUAACGUCGCCGUCUACUUUGGCCAAACGUCCGCAACGGGCGCCACAACCCUCGAAGCCCAAUGCGCCGACCCAAACACCGACAUUGUGAUCCUCUCCUUCGUGAUCCAGCAGCUCGACGGCGGGGCCUACCCGCAGCUGAACUUCGGCCCCGCGUGCGGCGGCCAGACACCUCUCAUGGCUCAACAGGCCCCGGGCUUGUUGUACUGUCCUGAGCUCGCGAGCAACAUCACGGCGUGUCAGCGAGGCUGGGGGAAGAAGGUUAUGUUGAGUAUUGGGGGCGAUUCGAGCCUUAUCAAGUUCUCGAGUGACAAGGCGGCGAAGGACUUUGCGGGCGUGCUGUGGAAUCUGUUCGGGCCGCCAGGGAACGUGGAUCCUGAACUCAGGCCAUUUGGGAUGGUGGAGGUGGAUGGGUUUGAUAUUGAUAAUGAAGACAACUUCCCCCAACACUGGCCGUAUCUCGCCACGAGCUUCAGAGCGCUGUUCCCCACCGCCAUCAAACCUUACUACCUCUCCUCAGCCCCGCAAUGUCUCGUCCCCUUCUCGGAUCCGUUGCCAAUGCUCUUACAAUGCGAUUUCGUCUGGGUCCAAUUCUACAAUUCACCUGCGUGCGAAAUCGGCGCGCCCGGCUUCAACGCCAGCAUCAUCUCGUGGACCAAGAACCUCAACGCCUCCACCCUGUCCCCAAAGCCGCGGCUGUAUAUCGGUGCACCUGCCUGGACGGACGCGAGUCCGAUGGCGUACAAGGGGAUUAUAGGGGGUGCGCAAGGCAUGAAGAAGGUGGUUAGCGGGGUGAGGGAGUUGAUGGCUCAGAAUGGGGUGGGGGGGUGGUUGGGCGGUGUUAUGUUUUGGGAUGGACCGGAAGGACAUCUGAAUGUGCAGAAUGGGAGGGAUAUCAUUGGCUGGGCGAAGGAUGGACUUACCGCAUAGAAAGAGAAAGAUUUAAUACGGACUCAAAUUGAGUUGUGUUUCAUUUCAGAU